AGGUUCUCUAUUUUUAUGUAGUUGUCAGACAGCCGUAUGAUCAGUUCAUGCCUAUGAUUUCAACAAAGCCAAUAACUGCUUCAUGUGUGACACUGAUAAAGAACCUGGAUGUGGCCCAGAGACUGACUGGAUCUGUUGGGAGCUGUGAAUGCUGAAGUGAUUACAUUGACAGAGAGAGAGAGGCAGUCUGUCAUUCUACACACUGGACUAACUGGACUACAGGCUGAUAAGAUAUUUUGGUUCUUUGGUCCAGUCAUUCCAAACACGUCAAUAGUUAAGAGUCAGGUCAUCAGAGGAGAGAACAUCACAGAGACAGAGAAACUGGAUCUCUCACCAUCAGAAAUCUCACCCUCAACAACUCUGGAGUUUAUCAGCUAGAUUUUUGUGUGAUUAAUCUACACAAAAUACUCCAUAAUGUCAAAGUGAAAAGAAAACUCUAUAAAAUGUUCAACCCACUUUGUUAGAACAAGCCUAAAAUAGUCCAGGAUUAAGAUUGGCCUAACAAAUCACAUAAUCUGUGUGAAAUAAUACAAUAAUAUGAUUUUUGAAUGACUACCCCUUCCUGUGUACCUGAUAGGCUACAUACAACAUCUGAAGGUCCUUCAGUUGAGUAGUAAAUUUGAAGCACAAAUUCAACCACAAGACCAGGGAGAUGUUCCAGUGCCUCAUUAAAUCCAUUCCAUUUUGUCGAACAAUAAAAUGGUUAUUAUAGGCACUACAUUAUUAUUAUUAUAUAAGAGGCUAUAUUAUAAUGCUAGCCAAGUUGUUGCAGUUUUUUUCAAUCACUUUGGCACAUUUUUCAGAUGUAAGGUAUAUUUUCAAAACUCUUGGUACAACACUUGUAAUGCCCCCUGUCUCGUGUUCAGAACCUUUGAAUUAGGAUUCAUUUGAGGUCAAAACAUCUUUCAACCCUGAGUCAUUCAUGAAAAAUAUUUUUUUCUUCAGAAAAUAACAUGAACAUUUAAUUUAGUCACCAAUACUGAGAAUGAUACAGGCUCACCAUUUAGUAAUUUUAACGUAACAUUUAACCUAAUAGCACAAAAUACAUGAUACAAUUUUCAAAACGGAUAUUUUUGAAGUGCUGAAUAGAAUAAACAAUGGAGGAUAAAUAACAUUUUCCAUACAAAUGUUGGAGCAUGUUGAGAGAUUUUUACUUACAGAAACAGUUUCUUUAUACAGUACAAAUGAAGAAGAAAUCAUCCGAUAUAGGAUUAUUGUGGCAUCUAUUGUAAAAACUGAAUCCAACAGUAAAAGGAAUUUAUUUUCUGCCCCAAACAACAUUACACAAUAUAUAAUUUUAUGUGACGUGUCACUGUAACUGCUACAGUAUCAUCAGCAUAAAUCAUUAGAUUAAAGUGUAUCAAUUAAAUUCUGGUAUUUACAACACCAUUGUAGCGAUUGUUAUUAUGUCAGUCACCUAAUCUGAAGCCGAAUUAUGAAUAGGCCUAACCAGACAUUGAGAAUGUAAACCGUUUAUGCGAAUCACAUGUAUGUUCUUGUAAUAAUUUUGGGUUAGCCAUGUUAUCCGAUGUCUUGUUUUUUGAUCACCUGUCAAAUAAAAUAACCAUGUUUAGAGUUUGUGGUCGAACGCAGACACUUGGAUUGUGCGCGCAAAACCUAAUGUUGUGCUUUGCUCCGUAGCCUAAAAUGCUCAGUCUAAUCAUAAAUUUAGCUUAGGCUUACUUAUCGAAAUUUACAACUACUAUGUGAUCAUAUAUAACAAUUAAAACGUGAAGGUAUAUCAAAACUAAUAUUAAACGAUGACCUUGAUAAUUGUUCAUUUCCUGGUACGAGUUUUGACUGUCAAACAGUUCGAGCUCAUAGUUUAUUCAGUGUAGCCUGCGGGUAUAAAGGAAAUAGUUUAUCCCAGAGGAGGCAGGAGCUAUAUGAUAAUGUUUUGGGGAUUAUCCUAUUUGUUACUUUUGUUUGUAUGUAGUGUUCAGUCACCGGCAUAAUUCGUCACUUUCUAAAUUAAAAGUCUCACUCUGGCAAGAAAAACUAGAUCCGCAUUGUUGCCUCCUCACUGUAAAAUCCUACCACUGUUUCAACGUCACACCAAGUAUUGCAUUGUGACGAGCAAACAGAAGCCAGCCACACUACUGUGUCAGAGGAAACACCAUAAACCUGGUGAUGGUGUCAGUGUGCACUGCACCCAUCACGCUUCAGCGGUGAGUCGCUCGAGCACAAUGGGACAAGAAAAUCCCUGCUGGCCAAACACUCCCCUAAAUCAGGCUACGCUGGGCCAAUUGUGCGCCGCCCCAUGGCUUUCCCAGUCGGCUGUGACAGAGCCUGGACUCGAAACCAGAAUCUCUAGUGCCUUAGACCACUGCGCCACUCAGUAGGCCCUAAAUGUUUGAAACCUUUGAUGCCACCACAUAUAUAAACGAAAACAUGCACCAUUUUCACAUAUGUAGAGACUGGUAUUGUAAUGGAGAAAAUUAAAAUGAGGUUGAAAAGUGGUGGAAUUGCCCUUAAGCUUUUGUAUUAUUAUUACAUUAUUUACUGUAUUACAAAAGUCAUAUUGAACUGUGUUUGGUUGACAUCGGGACCAAAUAUCAACAUUUAAAAUAUACUGUAUAUAUCUAAUGGUAGGAUAGUUUCAUCUGAGCCACUGGCUCAAUCCUAUUAUUUAACUUCCAUUUUUUGUUUAUUUGGAGAUGUAAAUCGAACAUAUCACUUGUUAACUUGUCGACACAUUAAUAGGCUAUUUACUGUAUUACAUAAGUGAUUUUGAAAUGGGUUUGGUUGCCAAUGCAACCAAAUAUCAACAUUUGAAGGAGAUGUAUCUUUUGUGCCACUGACUGAGUCUUGCUUUAAUUCCAGUUCGUCUACAAAUUAAUAAUUGACGCGUCAGAUUCACAUCUCCAUCUCAACCAAAAAAAUCACAGUUAAAGAAUAGCACUAAAUCAAAUCAAAUCAAACUUUAUUUAAAGUGCAUUUAAUGUUUGGUUGGUUUGAUUUAGUCCAAUUCUUCAUUUUUGGUUGAGAUGGAGACGUGAAUACCACAUGUCAAUUAUGUUAAAAUUAGAAAUCAACCAAAGCUUGAAACCCUAGACCUAAAAGUAUUAUCUAUUUUUUAGUUGGACCCUUCAUUGAAUUUUAAACAAUAGCUGUUGGUGGCUUUGCAAAUGUUAUAGAGGCCUAAAUAGUAUAAUUUCUAUAUGAUUUAUUUACAAAAAAGUAUGGUUACGUUUCAUUUGCUAUUUUAAACAUAUCCUUUGGAAUGACUUCGAUAGCAACAGUGAAUCUAUCAAGUUAUUAAGAGAUAUCUCAAUAAUUCUCACAAUAGCACAUUGGUAAUAGUCAGUGACAAAUAUCAAAGAUGGGCUAAAUUAAGACCCUGGAUGGGAGACCAAAUGGGUAGCUGUAUAUAGAUUAACUCUCCAGUAGGAGGUGUUGACCAGCCUAUUGUUUUUUUUCUGAUAGUGGAUGUAACGUUGACGAUCUGAUGUUGAUUCAAAAGUACAAAAUCAACGUAUGUUAAACAAGGUUUGUCUAUGUUGAAAAUUGGUUACCAUGAUGACGUACACUGAGUAUACAACACAUGCUCUUUCCAUGACAUACUGUAGACUGACCAGGGGAUUCCAGGUGAAAGCUUCCAUCCCUUGUUUUUUUAAUACAUAUUUUUGUAUUGAACCUUUAUUUAACGAGGCAAUUGAUGUCACCCAUUGAUGUCACCUACUAAAUCGACUUCAAUCAUUGUAGAUGAAGGUGAGGAGACAGGUUAAAUAAGGAUUGUUUUUUAAAGCCUUCAAACAUGGAUUAUGUAUGUGCCAUUCAGAAGGAGAAUGGGUUUCCCGUUCUUCUCUCCUCUGUACCAGGACAAGGUUACUUCUUUCCCGUUCACCACAGAACACACCACAGAACACACCACAGGACAGCUCCCACUGACCAACCGACUGUCGACUGAGGGAUUAUGUGGGGUGUUUCUGAUGUUAGGAGUAGGCACUGAAGCUGGGACACCAGGAGACCAACAGUUAUUACAGUGAUUAUUGGGCACAACAUUGACUAAAGGUCACAUUUAUCAUGAACAAUAGGAAAGGGAAUUUGUGAAUUUACCGUGAACAAUGUAACUCUGAAUACAGAUCUUGUUCGAUGUUGAUUGAAAACUAGUCUCUUGAUUUGAUUUAAAACAUACUCACCGUAGACUGUGAAAAUGAAAUUGUGGUAGGUGACCUGUUCACUGAUGAUUUGAAGCUGAUAAAGUCCAGUGUCGUUCAUGGUGAGGUUUCUGAUGGUGAGAAAGAUCCAGUCUGAGCAUCCAUCUGUAGUCGGUAUUUGAACGGCGCAGAAGCAAAGUUUGGUAAAAGAAUUACGGUUUGUGCCGUCAUUCUGAAAACUCCAUUGAUUGACCAUGGCAUGGAAUCAUCUCGGUUUUAAUUUCCACCAUAUUUUUAUACAUUGCUGGCAUGUAUCAAUUGCAAAGAGUGGCAACAUUAGAUGUAGUCGACUAUGAAGUUAUCAUCGUUAGAUUACGAGCUUUUUGAAGUGCAACAAUAAUAAAGAUUGCUUUGGGAAACAGCUCGGAGAUUUAAAGAUGUUCCUAUGAAGGCUCUACUGAUGAACUUUUUUUGGCUUUUGGGAAACCGGGACCAGGUUGUGGCAAUUGACCCAGUUUACUUUGUGCAUCUACGUCAUCUCGCUGUCUUCACAGACAACUAAAACAAACCCUCAGCGCCGCACUGUCACAAGUAAUAAAAACAAGGACGAAACACAAACGAGAUGGUACAGCAGAGCACCCGGAUGGGGAGGCAAGCUAACUGCUCUAAACUAUUGAAUAGCUGCGCAGAGCCUAUACUUCUGCGCGUAUACACUAACAUUACCAAGCGAACCCUUUCUGGAAUCCGCCGAUAUAAUGAAGAGGUGACAGUAGUGACCCGAAAGCGCCACCAUGAACACUGGAACAAUCUAUAACAAAGAGGGAGGGGCCUAACUGCCCUAACUUCAACUAUUAAGGGUGUCCACGCCUGAAAGCGUAGAGCAAAUAAAGCGGCCGUGAAUAGACCUAAUGACGUCCCAGUAAUAGAGAACUAUAAAAUGACAACGCUUCAAUAUUUGGGAAUAUCAGUAUUUUUCAUCAUCGAUCUGUUGGGAGCUGUGAAUGCUGAAGUCAAUACAUUGACAGGGAGAGAGAGGCAGUCUGUCAUUCUACACACUGGACUAACUGGACUACAGGCUGAUAAGAUAUUUUGGUUCUUUGGUCCAGUCAUUCCAAACACCUCAAUAGUUGAGAGUCAGGUCAUCAGAGGAGAGAACAUCACAGAAUUCAAAGGAAGAUUCCGAGAGAAACUGCAGCUGGACAGAGAAACUGGAUCUCUCACCAUCAGAAAUCUCACCCUCAACAACUCUGGAUUUUAUCAGCUCGACUUUUUCAAUACACACAAAACAUCUCAGAGAUUCUAUCUGACUGUCUAUGCUCCAGUACCACUUCCUCAAGUCAAAAAAAUCCUGGAAGGUCAUUUUCUGGUCAGUUCAUCAGAGAAGGGGAGCUGUUCAGUGGUGUGUUCUGUGGAGAACCAGAGAGACAUGACCCUAUCCUGGUACAGAGGAGAGAAGAGACUCAACCAGACCAGCAGCCCUGACCUCUCCACCAACCUGUCUCUCCCUCUGGAGAUAAAGCUACAGGACAACAAUAUCUACAGCUGUGUGGCUGCCAACCCAGUCAGCAACCAGACAACCAAACUCAACAUUGAAACACUCUGCCUUCAGUUUGUAGAGUCUGAUCCUAAUCUAAUCACAAUCGUUGUGAUAGUCCUUGGAAUAGGACUAUCUAUCGUAAUAUGCUGCAUCUGGAAAAGGAAAUAUAUUAAAGGGCGCUGUGUAUCCACUUCAGGGAGUCCAGAAGAGGAGGACUCUGUGAUGUAGCCUACUCUGUCAGACUGUGCAUUUUUAUUUAUUUAUUUAUUUUUAUUGUACCUUUAUUUAACUAGGCAAGUCAGUUAAGAACAAAUUCUUAUUUUCAGUUACGGCCGAGGAACAGUGGGUUAACUGCCUGUUCAGGGGCAGAACGACAGAUUUGUACCUUGUCAGCUCGGGGGUUUGAACUUGCAACCUUUCGGUUACAAGUCCAACGCUCAAUUUCAUCUUCUUCCCCAUUGAAGAAAAAUAACUGCAAAUCAAUAAUAGGAAGGUGUCCCUAAUGUUUUGUAAGCUCAGUGUUACUCCGGUGGUUUAAAUGUUUCCCUCAAAACAACAUUGAUUACUUUUGCCAAAUCCAAUGUAUUUUCCACAUCACAAUAACUUGACAAAUUACGUUGAAACAAUGUUGGUUCAACCGAUGUGUGUCCGGUGGGAUUUUAUGUUUUUUUGUGACACCAACUGUGGGUUUGCUAGUUGAUAAAGGAAUGUAUAUGUUUAAAGUAAUGAUGAAAGGAUUCCACCCUGAAAUCAUAUAAUUGUAUGAAAUGUGUUAGAGUCAUAAUUCCAUAAUGUGUGUGACUAGACCAUUGUGUUACUAUUUCGCAAUAUGAGCUGAGUAGAGUUGAGACAUUCAAGGCCAACUGAACUGUCGACUUGUGAUAACUCUGAAACCAAAUAACAGGAAAGAGGCCAACUUAGGUAAGGGGGAGUAACUGUUAGGAAUGGCUAGGCUUGUAGAAGAUAAUGAGAAUGUGUGUGUGUGUCUGGUUAUAAAAUUACUGUGUUCUCAUUUUUGACUUCAGAGUACUCUCUGAAUAAAGGAUUGAUCUAUUGCA